UUCUCGGUGUUCAACAAUCGUAUGAAUUGAAUUACCACUUUGCUGGUCACAGAAGCUGGUUGUUUGACUGGGGAGCCGUGCACUGCAAAUAAUGGGUGGCAGAGGGAAGAUAUCAUUUCUGAAAUUGAUUCAAUAGAAAUUGUGUGGUGUGGUGUGGAGUGAAAAAAAAGUGAAUAGCUGUGUCUUUUGGUGGUGGAUUGGGUGGAAAGGAGAUUCGUUUGAAAAUGGAUCAAAUCAAGGAGGAGCUAAUCAAGGGUGAUCCCUUGAGCACGUGGUGGCCGUAUAUAUUGGCAAUUGUGGUUGGUGUUGUUGUGACGGUGAGGAGCAUCAUGGGUGGACAAAGGUGUCCGUCUGAGAACAAAAUUGAUGGUCUUGUGGUUGUUGUAACGGGUGGAACGGGUGGUAUUGGGUGGGAGGUGUGUAAAGAACUAUGUGCAAGGUCAGGUCGUCUUAUACUUGCCACGAGAAACAUGGAAAAGGCGGAGAAGAUGAUUGCAUCACUGAAAAAAGUGCAACCAAAUGCUAAUAUUGAGGCUAAUUACAUGGAUCUCAAGUCAUUUGAUUGUAUUCGGCGCUUCGUGAGGACUAUUGAAGCCAAAUACAGUGAAAUUGAUAUUUUGAUAAAUAACGCUGGCCUAAUGUUCCAUCCGUAUGAAAUAACAGCGGAUGGAUACGAGAUGCAUCUACAGUGCAAUUAUCUGGGUCACUUCCUUCUCACUAUGCUACUAUUGCCAUUGCUGCAGAAGUCACGACAGGGACGAAUAAUUAAUGUAUCAGCUCAUGCACAUACAACGGCGAAAAUGGAUUUUGAGGAUCCCCUAAAUAUUGGUCCAUGGGCAGCACCCUAUCAUCCCCGGGACGCCUUUGCACAUGCAAAGCUCGCAAAUAUACUCGUGACGCGCUACCUUGCAGCACGUGUCUGUCGCGACACGAAUGUCACGGUGAAUUCACUUACACCUGGCCUUGUGCGUGGAACGGGACACCUCGACAGUUCUCCCAUUAUGAGGGCGAUUUGUGCCAAAGUCAUCACCUACCCGUGGAUGUGGUUGUUCAUGAAGACACCCUCUCAGGGUGCCCAGACGAUCAUCUAUCUAGCCACGGAGCCAAAAUUGAAGAAAGUCACUGGAAAAUUUUUCAAUGAUUGCGAAAUUGCGGAAUCCUCCGAAGUGAGUCGUGAUGAUAAAUUGUCGGAAAAGCUAGUGAAGGAGAGUCUGAAAGCCGUAAAAAUUGAAAAAAUGUAAAAGCCAUAUAAAGGGGGAUUCACCAAAUCGAAUGGAUUGCAAUAAAGAAUAAAUCCAUGAACUUCA